AUGGAAAUAUUGGACAAAAUGGGGAAUGAGGAAGCAUUGGAGUUUGAUGGUUCAGCCUCCUCUGCAGCACUGGCCAACUCCAGCAUGGAUUCUGUCAUCAACAUCACCAAUAUUACCUUCUUUCCCUAUUACCAGCACACCAUGUACGUGGCAGCCACCUACAUCCUGGCCUAUUUCUUCAUCUUUAUGCUGUGCAUGGUGGGAAACCUCCUGGUGUGUCUAAUUGUGCUGGAGAACCGCAGGAUGAGGACAGUAACCAACCUGUUUAUUUUGAACCUGGCCAUCUCAGACCUGCUGGUGGGCAUCUUCUGUGUGCCCACUACUCUGGUGGACAACCUCAUCACAGGCUGGCCCUUCUCCAGCUCCGUGUGUAAAAUGAGCGGGUUUGUGCAGGGUGUCUCUGUGUCCGCCUCGGUCUUCACACUGGUGGCCAUUGCUAUUGAGAGGUUUCGUUGCAUAGUGUACCCUUUGCUGCCCAAACCCAGCAUCGUGAUCUCCAAAGUGGCCAUAGUCCUGAUAUGGGUCCUCGCUGUGGCCAUCAUGAGUCCUACGGCGAUGGCUCUGACUGUGGAGCGGGUCCCAAACCACUACAUGAUCCACAACAACGACUUCAACCACACCUUCCCCCUUUACUCCUGUUACGAGAACUUCACCAACCCCAAGAUGAGGAAAGUCUACACCGCUGUUCUCUUCACACACAUAUACUUGCUACCUCUAACCUUCAUCACACUAAUGUACGGUAGCAUUGGAGUGAAGUUGUACUCUUCUGUCGUGGCUAACCGUGAGCCACAGCUAGCUAACCGCACUGCCCAGGUCCGCUGCAGGCGAAAUGGACAACAUAUGAUCUCUCAGAAGAAAAUUCGAGUAAUCAAAAUGCUAAUAGUUGUGGCGCUGCUCUUUCUUCUGUCUUGGUUGCCGCUUUGGACUUUACUCAUGAUGGCUGAUUAUGCCGGAUUAGACAGGGACCAAUUAGAUUUGCUAACCAGCUAUAUUUUCCCCUUUGCCCACUGGUUAGCUUUCUCCAACUCAAGUGUUAACCCCAUUAUUUACGGCUACUAUAACGAAAACUUCAAAAGGGGUUUUCAAGCUAUAUGCAAGUCCAAAUCGUUUUGUUGCUGGGUACAGUGUGGGGUUUGUGGGCUGUGGAAGAGAGUGGGAUGUUGGGGCAGGAAGAAGAAGAACAACAAAAAAGCUAACGGAGGGAGCAGCAACUCGAAAGAUGGAAUGCACAAUCACCUCGUUAUGGGCAUAAGGAACAGGGUGCACAAUGACCAUAAGCUAACAGACUUUGUGGAAUCCAACAAGAGUGAGCAGGUGGAGUGCGUAGUGGUCCAUUCAGACAAAAGCAGUUUGGAGGUGGGAGCUGAGAACAAACAAUUCACAGUCAACAGUCAAGAAGCAACAGACAGAAGGAGCUCACCGGGGCUGUCCGUCUAUCAGGCCUGGGACAACUAA